AUGGUCGCCCGCAGAAUACCCCCAGAUGAAUAUGAAGCCAACUCAGUUUGGCACCCUCCACAAGAAUGGCUUGAGGAAGAUGAUGAACUAGACCCGGACUAUCAUUCAGCUCUGGAAGGACAGGAUGAAAGCGAAGAAUGGGAAGACGAUGCGGAUGAGGAAGACGAUAUGGGCCUCGGCAUUGGAGAUGGUGCGAUUACAGUAUUCCUGUGUGCAGAUGGUCAGAAUAAAAAUCCAAUCAUCAAUAUUGGAAGCAUUCAGAUCGAGUUGACGGCGGAUGAUCCCCCCGAGGGCGAGGGAGCGGGCAAUGGCGGUCGGACACGAGUUCCCGCCUCACGAUUACUCGAAUUGCUCGCAUCUAGCGGUCUGCAGCACGUCCUUCACGCCAACGGAUGGACAACAAAUGCAGCAGAUGCUUUGGAGGUAGAUGAAGAUGAGGACGAUUUCGAUUAUCCAGGUGCACUCAGACGUCGAAUGCGAACAUGGCGAGCCGGUCGAACCGACCAGUUUCCGAAAGUCCCAAGCGACGAGGGCACCGAAUUGAUGGCCCAGGGCCACUUCGGAACAGAUAGGCACUAUGUGGAUCGCGCCAGGCAGCGCAAGAAGGUGCUCGCGACACAUCUCAUGUGGAGAGAGCUUGGGGUGGAUCCUUAUGGAGUGCGCAAGAGAGCAAAUCAGUCAAUUUCGCAGCACAUGAUUCCGGGCUCUGCGGCAGACAAGAUCAUCCAUUACGAUUUCAGAAGCUACUCCGGCCAGUUUUCGGACGAUGGUAAUUUCUUUUUCUGUUGUGCACAGGACUUCAAAGUCCGGAUGUAUGACACUUCCAACCCUUAUGAGUGGAAAUAUUAUAAGACUGUCGAGUAUCCGUUUGGCCAGUGGACCAUUACCGAUGCUACGUUAAGUCCGGAUAAUCGCCACCUCGUCUAUAGUUCAAUACGCAGUCAAGCCUACCUAGCGCCGACAGACCCAGAGGACGAUUCGGAUCCGACCGUCCUAGAUUUCUCCCUACCCCCUGGUGAGCGACGGCGACGAAGCUGGGGAAGUUCGCAUUUCGGAAUCUGGUCUCUCAGAUUCUCUGGAGAUGGACGUGAAGUGGUUGCAGGCACAUCGGAGAACUCGGUCAUUGUCUACGAUCUUGAAACCAAACAACCAGUACUUAAUCUUCGAGAUCGCCACCAGGACCAUGUGAACGCAGUUUGCUUUGGUGAUACAUCGUCACCACAUAUUCUCUAUUCAGGAUCCGACGAUACCACACUGCGAGUGUGGGAUCGACGCUCAAUGGGCGAUGGCCGUGAAGCCGGCGUGUUCAUGGGCCAUACCGAGGGUCUGACGUAUGUCGACAGCAAAGGCGAUGGUCGAUAUGUUCUUUCCAAUGGCAAAGACCAGACCAUGAAACUCUGGGAUCUGCGGAAGAUGAUGACCACAGCUAAAUUUGAUACAAUUGACCCGAACAACUACACAACCGGGUUUGAUUACCGCUUCCAACCAUACCCCGAUGACUAUUACGAGCCACAUGAGCAUGACUGUUCCGUUGUCACGUACCGCGGCCACCGCGUCCUGAAGACCCUCAUUCGUUGCCACUUCUCGCCACCCGGAAGCACAAACUCACGCUACGUGUACACCGGCAGCGAGGAUGGUAAGAUUUACGUGUACAAUAUGGAUGCCACGCUGGCCGAGACUAUCGACGUUGGGACAGCGACUGCCAAUUCCCGGCCCCACGAACCAGAUGUCUUCUCGACGGAUUACGAGUUGAGCGGGGAGAUGUUGUGGAGGACUUGCGUUCGGGAUGCAAGCUGGCACCCGAAUGCGCCUGUUGUUGCAGCGACCUCGUGGAAUGGAUGGGGUCUGUCUAGUGGCACAUGUACUAUACAUUCAUGGAAUGACGGUGCAGACAAGGACGAAGGAGAACCACCGAUUGGUCAAAGCUACGACGACAAACUUCGAUCUGUGCCCGAAUUUAACAGAUUCCGGAAAAGUCACAUCCAAGAAACGAGACGCAUGAGGCACUUACGCAGCAUGCCCGUGCGAUUUGAAGAGGAUCAACACCUUGGUGCUUGGUAA